UUUUAGAGAGAGGUAACCAGGCAACUUCAGCUGGAGCAGCGGAGAGAAAGAACAGGGUAAAGGGGAAAAGAAGCGCAACAAUCCCAUCAGUUUUGGUGUGCGAUAGAAAGGAUGUAGUCCAGGUCUGUGGCUGUCAGUCCCCGGUAUGGGAAAGUGGAUUACGGCUCUUCUACAGACGGUGGAGACUGGAUACGGAGUGAUUGCGCGUGGAUUUUUAUCAUGAGAAGUAUGGGAUCUGAACGCACCAGUUUAAAGCCCUUGCUGGGAGUGAAUGAGAUGCCGUGUCGAGGCUAGAGGCAGCGGUGGACUGUUCCCGAGUCAGUGGAAAGCCCCUCUAGAUGAGCCAGUCACAGCCACCCAGCUGCACGGUAAAGGAAUAAGGAUUUAAUAUGUCAACAGAGGCCGAGCUCCAGCCUGCUGCCAGACCCAGCGUCAGAAAGGAUUCCAAGAAGAGAGGGCAGGACCGCAGUGAAGCAGCUCUGAUAAAGCGUUUUAAGGGGGAUGGUGUUCGCUACAAGGCCAAGCUCAUCGGGAUAGAUGAGGUCACUGCCGCGAGAGGAGACAAACUCUGUCAGGACUCAAUGAUGAAACUCAAGGGAAUCGCAGCCUCUGCGCGGUCUAAAGGAGAACACAAACAGAAAGUUUUUCUCACUGUGUCCUUUGGAGGGAUCAAGAUCUUCGAUGAGAAGUCAGGGGUUCUUCAGCACCACCAUGCAGUUCAUGAGAUUUCCUACAUUGCAAAGGAUAUCACGGACCACCGAGCCUUUGGUUAUGUAUGUGGGAAAGAGGGAAACCAUCGGUUUGUCGCCAUCAAAACAGCUCAGUCUGCUGAGCCUGUGAUCCUUGACCUCCGUGACCUUUUCCAGUUGAUUUAUGUGAUUAAGCAGAGGGAGGAAAUCGAGAAGAAAGCUCAGAAGGACAAGCAGUGCGAACAAGCUGUUUAUCAGACCAUUUUGGAGGAAGAUGUGGAGGAUCCCGUAUAUCAGUACAUUGUAUUUGAGGCGGGACACGAGCCCAUCCGUGACCAAUCAGAGGAGAGCAUAUAUCAGGUCCCUACCAGCCAACAAAAGGAGGGAGUUUAUGACGUCCCAAAGCGACAUCCAAACAAACAUAAUGAACGAGUCGAUCUCUUGGAUUUAGACACUGACCUGUUGCUGGUCACCCAGAAUAUCAACCAGUUAGAGCUUUUUGGAGACAUGUCCACCCCUCCUGAUAUCACGUCUCCCUCGACCCCAGCAUCUCCGGCUAAUACUCUGGACCCCACGCUGGCCCACCAGACUCCAUCCGAACUGUUCACCCCCUUCAACCCCACCUCUGUACCCUCAGGUUACGUGACGAUGGGAGCCGUGCCACCCGUGUGGGCACAGCAACAGUUUGCCGCUCAGGCUCCAUUAGCAUUUGGCGUCCAAUCCCCAGUGCCCGUCGCGCAGGUCUUACCGGGUGCUCAGCCUCUGAUCUGGGGUCAAGCCAACCUUUUCCCUGCCACCCAGCAACAGUGGGCUGCGAUGGCAGGGGCUCACUUUUCGCCUGCCGCUUUCAUGCCUGCCCAGACAGUAGGUCCACUUCCUGCUGCCAUGUUUCAGACACUGGCUCCCAUGGCAUUGCCCGCGUCCUGCGAGAUGCCCGCGGCGGCCAUGGGCGGAGCCGUGGCGGGAACCUCUGCCUCCACGGCCUCCAGUCCGCAGCAUGGAGAACGCACGCUGCAGAGACAGGCAAAGAUGAGCAAGGAGAUGUUUAAGGACUUCCAGAUGGCAAAGCCGCCCACCAUGCCUGCCAGGAAGAGCGAUCAACCUAGCCUGUCCUGCACCACAGACGCUUUCACCAGCUACUUCAGCAGAGUGGGAAUAUCACAGGAUACUGAUGACUGCGACGACUUUGACAUCUCACAGAUGAACCUCACGCCCGUCACUUCCACCUCACCCUCCACCAACUCACCACCCACCCCGGCCCCCCGGCAGAGUUCGCCAUCAAAGUCCUCAUCCCACGCCAGUGACCCGCCAACCGAUGACUCUUUUGGUGAGGCCGAGGGCAGCCCUAGUCGGAGCGGAGAGGAGGAUGCUGCUGGAGACUCCCAGCAGUCUCCGGGUGCGAGUGAGCCUCAAGCAGAGCCUGAGAGCUCAGAGACGGACAGUCCUCAGGGGAAGGACCCUCUUUAUGCCCAGAUCAACAAGGGGAAGAAGUGAAGGAUCAUGGGAACUCUGCACAGACGUGAUCAGCGCUGGGGGGAGCAGGAGACCAAAAUACUGGAGAUCAACUGUCCUGCCCUGUGUGUGUGUGUGUGUGUGUGUGCGUGCGUGCGUGCGUGCGUCCGUGUGUGUGUGUGUGUGUGUGUGUGUGUGUGUGUGUGUGUGAAUGUGCAUCCAUCCGUGUGAAUGCGUUGUGAGAUUGUGUCCCUGUAUGUGAUUGUAUGAAUGCGGUCACUCCAGCCUCAACGGUCCACUUCUCCAAGCAGCCAUCAGUCCUGUCGCCCUCACGACUUCCUCCGUUACUCCCCUCCGCAAGGAAUGAGAGGGACAGACUCUCUCCAUACCACUUUUUCUUUCUCACUGUGUUUUCUGCACAUGACAGCGGGGCAUUGUGGGUGAUAUCAAGCCUUAUGAGCCCAGCUCUGCAGCUUCAUUCAUUCUCUUCAUCCUUCUUCCAGUUUCUGACUCUCUAUAGAGACCGCAUUACGGGAAACUCUGCCUGUCGGACCCCCGAUCACGCAUCCGAGCGAGCGCCAUCAGACCGCCGGAUCCAUCUGUGACUUAUGCGAUUCAUCCAUUUGGGUUCGUUUGGUUUUUCCUCUCCCACGUAUUUGAGAUUCUGCUGCUAGAAAGCUAUGCAGAGCUAAAAAAACAACACUUUCUCUCUCUGUGGACCCAUGGAGAACAGACACGAAGAGCGACUUUUGCCAAAUCUUAAGAUUUCGGAGCAGCUGAAUCUGAUUGGGGGACUCGAGGGUACGAACGUUGCAAAAACAUGCGAUCAAACUGUUCCUUCUCUAUAGCUUUUGUACAAUACUAAUGAGAAAAAAAAAAGAAAAAAAAACAUGCCGUUGAAAUGGAAUUUUUAUUUUAUAAGUCAAGUGGAGCCCUUGAAGUCAACUUUAGAUGUGUUUUAGGGGUAAACAUGGCUUUAAAAUCUAAUCGUUGGUUUGCCAAACUCAUUUUGUAAAUAAUAAUAAUGACGACAAUGACGACGACAAAUAAUAAUGACGAUAAUAAUAAUGGCUCCAAUUAUAACAGUGUUCAUUCCAUCCUGUGGACUUCCGUGCCAUAAAAUAGGCUGGCCUUAGUGAUGCAAACUCCUCAUGAAACCCAAGCAAUAUUAACAUGUGUCCCAAACUCCCAGCGGUUUACGUUGCUAUCUCGCGAUCAAAGCUUGUCGUCGGUCUUUUGAUUUCAGCAGGAUGUGUGUUUUUAAGUGGCCUGAAACAAACCCGAGAAACUGUUAUGUUUUUAAUGGCUGAGAGAGUCCUUUGGUAAAUAGUUGGUGUCAUAUUUGUGUGAUCUCUUUUGGUUUGUUGUCAAGAUGAUGAAGCUGGCAACUGUGAUGGAGGAAGACCAGAACUUCUCAACGUGUGUGUGUGUGUGUUAAUGCAGCAAUCACAAUUACGCAUACACACGAUCACAUAUACAUACAUAUUCAUGCAGACACACAUUCACAGAGACCUUAAAGUCAAUAUGACAUCAAAAUGGGCCCUGAUUACUUUUUAAUACACCUUUCGGCACAUUUAUCGGUGCAUGUUAGUCCAAAGAAACUUCCAUUUUGAUUAACAUAACCAGAAAUUUGAAACUAGAUUUGAGAAAUCUAGCUCCAAUCUGACAUGUAACACCCAUUUUUCACAAUUCACUCCCAAUGUGAAGUCCUGCCCUGAUGUAUCCAGUUGAAUAUGUCACAUUAAGACUAAAAUGGGUUGCGAAGGCCGUUUCAUGUUGACUUUUGGGCCGCCUGAUCGCAUUAAAACACACCAGAAUAUCUGUCUGUAAUCCAACCUCCAAUCAGAGAAAAUCACCAUGAAUGACAUCUGUUUUCAUUGCAUCUGAAAAGCUCAGUGCAUUCCAUUACUGUGACAAUAACUUCCUCCUAUUUUAUGGCCAGAGUCCCAUUUUAAUUUCAAAUAAAAGCCGUUUUGGACCUUCAUGAUCUUCAUUUUGAGGAUUAAGAUGAUGAAGGUGAAAAUCAAGGUGAAUGCGAGUCCAAUUUCAGUACAUUUCUCUUUUGCCUUUACCUCAGCUAAUGGUUUGGUCAUGUAAAAGGACACAUUAUUUUUAUCUUGAUGAUAAUGAUAUUCUACAGUGGAUAUACAGCACUUUUUUCUUUUCUCUUGAUUUACGUAACCCACCAUGUAAUACUGUUACCAAUAAACACAUCCCAAAAUGUU